AUGUGUAGGAGGGGCGACCGGCGAACGGGAUCUGUCGGCCGGUUGGUGACGGAAGUGGAGGACGGUGGAGAUGGAAUCGGCGAAAAUAGGCUUGGUUUAGGUUGUGUCGACGGGCGGUGGUUGGCGGCGGCGGACGAUAUUCGACGACUGCAGGCGAUGGGCGGCUGGUUUCCGUCAAAAACUCCUUCGUCUCAACUCCGGAUGCGGAGGCGCGGCGGCGGCUGCAUAAUCACGGUGGCAGGCUCUGCCGUUGAGAAGACGACGUUGCGGGCGAGACGGUGGCUCGUGACGGAGCAGGGCUGCAAGUCGCUGACGGCAAAGGUUGCAGCGGGGCGGAGCUUCACGGCGAGGGUCGUCGGGCUCGUCUCUGUUCACGGCGGAGCUGAUGGCGCGCUCACAGCGAGACGGUGGCUCCUGACGGAGCAGGGCUGCAAGUCGCCGACGGCAAAGGUUGCAGCGGGGCGGAGCUUCACGGCGAGGGUCGUCGGGCUCGUCUCUGUUCGCGGCGGAGCUGAUGGCGCGCUCACAGGUUGA